CAUGGGCCUCCUGUUGUUCGGCUGCCUUCGUCACGCAGUUGCUCCAUCUCUCUCCCUCCCCUGCGGUUUCAUUUGGUGUUGCGAUUUUUGUCGGUUGUCAUUGGAUUUCGUUACGCCACGGUGGGUUCGUUGCCGACGCCUUUCUGUUUUGCCCACUCCUCUAUGCACGAGCUCCACGCCGACACACACUCUUUCUUUGGUUUGAACUGCGACGGACUAAGGGUCACCAGAGACAUCCUCUCACCUGCAAGGGCAUUGAAAUCAGUCCUUGACAGCGUCUUCUCGCCACCGAUAUUGAGAAUCCACCGCACGAAAUUUGGGAAGAUGGUACGACCAAGAAUGCCGCAAGGUGGACCUGAGGAUGAUUUGCCGCGAGGUAACGGGUUCUACGCCGUGGCUAGGGAAUUAAAUCGACUGACAGAGUUCCUCCAACAGAACUUUCAGCAGCCGCAGGGAGAGCAGCGUAGGGAGGUACAAGUCGGGUGCACCUAUGAGCAAUUUUUAGUGCAUUGGACCCUUACUUUCUCGGGAGAAGAAGAUCCACUUCAGGCUAGGAGAUGGAUUAGAGAUCUUGAAAGGACAUUCGAGGUUUUCGGUUGUACAGAGGCCGAGAAAGUGCUAUAUGCAAGUUAUUUGUUGCAAGGUGAAGCGGCUGAUUGGUGGAAGACCAAGCGGGAACUCCUAGAGAUGGAGUUGGGAUCAUUCGCAGCUGUGUCUUGGUUGCGCUUCAUGAAAGAGUUUGACGACCGUUUCUUUCCUAUUUUUGUGAGGCGACAGAAGGCGCGAGAAUUCAACAACUUGGUCCAAGGGGACAUGACCGUUGAACAAUAUGCCCAAAAGUUUAUGGAGCUCGGGAAAUUUGCAAUCCAUCUCAUCGCCACCGAAGAGAUGCAAGCCGAACGUUUUCAGGAAGGGCUACGCCAACAGAUCCGCCAGCAGGUCGCUUGCCUGCAAAUCCAGAGCUUUCAGAGGUUGGUCGAGGUGGCCUCUAUUGCUGAGAGGGAACACAAUGUUGAGGUAGGCUCCCCUCUGGGUCAUAAGAGGCAGAACUUUGCUGGAGAAGGGAGCAGUUCCAACUUGCCACAUAAGUUUGUAUUAAGGACUGGGGCCCGACUACAGGCAUCUACUGGACUUCGUAUGGGAGGCCGAGCCCCAGUCUGCGGUAGAUGUAACAGAGCCCACAUAGGCGAGUGCCGACAGGGUGGGACUCAGUGUUAUAGAUGCGGUCAGUCAGGGCACUUUGCUCGCGAGUGCCCUAACCCAGCUCAGGUGAACCGUGGAGGCCGACGUGGUGGUAGGGCCAACCAGAGGCAAGUAGUGCAAGCUCGGGUUUAUGCGGUGACCCUCGGCGAUGUUGACCACUAGGCUCUAGAGACUCAGGACGCAGGAGUCACUACAAGUUUGGAUUUAAUUCAAUCUUUUGGAAUUGAUGCCUUGUGUGGUUUGACCUUUGGAUUUCAUUAGUAGUUAUGUUUGCAUCGGGUAGGAUUCAUUUGUAUGAGUUUUAUGCUUGCACUUUGUUUGAUUCGGGUGCAUCUUAGUCAUUUGUGUCUGCCACUUUUGCACGAAUGUGUAAUCUAGCCACGGAACCCUUACCACAAUAUUUGGUAGUGGCACUACCUAAUGGUGAGACUGUGUGGUGCUCAAAAGUCGCAUGAGGUUUUCCUUUGGAUUUUGGUGGGAGGACACUUGAUGCAGAGCUGAUUGUGUUCAAGUUACUUGGGUUCGACAUUAUUCUUGGAAUGGAUUGGUUGUAUCGGCAUUCUGCUAGUAUCAAUUGUCUAAGUCGAGUAGUCAGUUUUCAACUCCCUGGAGGAGCCUAUUUGGAUUUUGUGGGAAGUAAGCUGAAGACGAGACCUACAGUCAUAUCUGCAAUUCAAGCGAAGAAAGAAUAAGCUAGUGGGGCGGACACCUUUUUGGUUCAAGUGGUGCCUAUGCCAUCUAUGAAGAAGUCCAUAGUGGAUAUACCAGUUGUGGAAGAGUUCCUUGAUGUGUUUGCGGAUGAUUUGUCCGGUUUGCCUCUUAUUCGCGAGUUGGAGUUCACCAUUGAUUUGGAACCCAAAGCGGCACCAGUGCAUAAGGCUCCUUACCACAUGGCACUGACUGAGUUUAAGGAGUUGAAAACUCAAUUGUAAGAGCUGGUAGAUAAGGGGUUUAUUCAACUUAGUACUUUGCCUUGUGGAGUGCUAGUGCUGUUGUCAAGAAGGAUGGUACCCUUAGAAUGGGUAUUGAUUAUUGAGAGCUCAACAAGGUGACCAUCAAGAAUAAGUAUUCACUCUCUUGGAUUGAUGAUUUGUUUGAUCAGCUUCAAGGGUCAACUACCUUCUCAAAGAUUGAUUUGAGGUUGGGGUACUAUCAGUUGAGAAUAAAAGAUAAGGAUAUAGCCAAGACUGCCUUUAGGUCAAGGUAUGGACAUUACGAGUUCAAAGUGAUGCAUUUUGGACUAGCUAAUACCCCUGCAGCCUUCAUAGACAUGAUGAAUUGGGUGUUUUGACCUUAUCUGGAUUCAUUUGUGGUGGUCUUCAUCGAAGACAUUUUGAUGUAUUCUCGGGAUUGGGAGGAGCAUGCUUGUCACCUUCGACUAGUUUUGGGAAAGUUGAGAGAUCAUUAGCUAUACGUGAAGCUCAGCAAGUGCGAGUUUUGGUUAGAAGAAGUCAGAUUUCUUGAAUAUGUCAUUUCCCUGGAUGGUGUAGUAAUAGAUCCUAGCAAAGUAGAAGCUAUUUUGGCAUGGCCGCGCUCUUCAUUUAUGUGUGAGAUUCGUAGUUUCUUAGGACUUGGCGGGUACUAUUGAAGAUUUGUGGAAGGAUUUUCUCGAUUGUCUGGACCCCUCAUUGCUUUGACUAGGAAAAAUGCUAAGUUUGUUUGGACUGACAAGUGUGAGAAAGUUUCCAAGAGUUGAAAAAGAGAUUGACUACUACGCCCGUUUUGGCACUUCCUGAGCUGCACAAGCUGUUUGUGGUUUUUAGUGAUGCAUCCAAGUUUGGUUUAGGAUGUAUUCUUAUGCAGGUGAGUUGUUGCUUAUGCUUCCCAUCAAUUAAAGGAUCAUGACAAGAACUAUCCCACGCAUGACUUGGAACUGGCAGGUGUGAUCUUUGCCCUUAAGAUUUGGCAGGAUUAUUUGUAUGAAGAAGUUUGCGAAGUCUACACUGACCAUAAGAGAUUGACGCAUCUGUUUUUUCAGAAGAACCUUAAUAUGAGACAGAGACAAUAGUUAGAGUUGAUCAGCGAUUAUCAGUACGAGAUCAAGUAUCAUUCAAGGAAGGCGAAUCAAGUUGCAGAUGCACUGAGUUGGAAGUCUCAUUUGAUGGAUGAGGCCAAGUUGUCAGGGUUGGACUCUCUCCUCUAUGGGAUGAGAAGACUUCUUGUUGAGAGUUCACAGCAAGAAGAGGUGUUAGCUUCGAUUCUUGAUGUCUGAGUUGUUGAUUCUAAGGAAUUGAAGACUCUCCAGAAAAGGCACCCGAAGUUGUUAGAUAUCAGGAAGAGAGUUAGGAAGUCUAGAAGACCCGCCCAUUUCAGUUUGGAUGAAGAUGGUAUUCUCUAGUUCUGAAAUCAUAGGGUGAUUCCUCAAAAUUCAAAGUUUAAGGAGCGGGUUUUGGUUGAGGCUCAUGCAACCCCUUAUUCGGUUCACCCCGAAAGCACGAAAAUAUACCAAGACUUAAAGAGAAGUUUUUGGUGGGAAGGGAUGAAGAAGGACAUUGCUAUGUUCGUUGAGAGAUAUAACACAUGCCGUCAAGUUAAAGCUGAGCAUCAAAGGCCCGCUGGUAAACUUCAACCCCUCUUUAUUUCUGAGUGGAAGUGGGACGAUAUUGCUAUGGAUUUAGUAGUGGGUUUGUCAAGGACUUCUAGUGGAAAGAACUCGAUAUGAGUGAUUAAUGUUCAAUUGACCAAGAGUGCCCAUUUCCUACCUAUCACUAAUACCAACAUUUUGUGAAAGUUGACUCGUAUGUCAAAGAGAUAGUACGUCUACCUGAGAUACCCAAGAGCAUAGUGUCGGAUCAGGACCCGCGGUUCACGUCUCAUUUUUGGAAGAGUUUGCAGGCAACCUUGGGCACCAAAUUGAAGUUUAGCAGUGCUUAUCACCCUCAAACCGACGGCCAAUUAGAACGCGCGAUUCAGACUCUCUAGGAUAUGUUGCGAGCUUCAGUCUUGGAAUUCAAGGGAAGUUGAGAGAAUCAUUUGCCUCUUAUAGAAUCGCAUACAACAACAGCUUCCAUGCAUCCAUUCAGAUGGCUCCUUAUGAAGCUCUUGAUGGGAGAAAGUGCAUAUCACCGUUGUGUUGGGAUGAAGUCGGUGAGAGCAAACUAAUUAGGCCUGAAUUAGUUCAAGAGGUGUAGAGGGUAUGGUUGUAAUUAGUGUAUAUGAGGGUGUUAGUGUCAUUUGUAUGGAGUAUGUAUAAGGUCAGAAGAUCAAUGAAUAAUAUCUCUUGUAAUUUCUCUCUCAAUAUACGACUACAAGAUGAAAGAGCAUAUUCGAGUUAUAAGGGACAAGAUGGCGGCAACUCAGAGUCAUCAGAAAAGUUAUGCGGAUACAAGAAGAAGAGACAUGUCUUUCGAGGAAGGUGAUUGGAUAUACUUCAAAGUCUCUCAUAUGAAAGGCGUCAAGCAUUUUGGUAAGAAAGGGAAACUUAGCCCGAGGUAUGUCACCCUUUUUCAGAUUUUGGAGAAGGUUGGGCCUGUACCUUAUAGGAUUGCCUUGUCGGAUUAUUUUGGAGAGGUUCAUGAUGUCUUCCAUGUAUCAUAAUUGAAGAAGAGCUUAAGAUAGUCAGAGCCGCAUUUUGUCGACCCAGAAAUUAUUCAACUCCAGCCUAACCUUACCUAUGAAGUUGUACUGACACAGAUUGUAGAUUGGAAAGAGCAAAGAUUAUCCAAGUCGAUACCUUUAGUGAAGGUGUCAUGGGGAGAUCAGUUGGUUCAAGAUUUCUCUUGGAGAGAGAUGUAGACAUGAGAGAGCAAUACCUUUUUUUGUUUGGGCGUCAUUGAUGGUAUGUUUUUCUCAAGUGUUCUAAGUCAAAUCUUAUAUCUUACCUGAGCGUUAAUGUUUGACCUUGCCAAUUUUAAGGACAAAAUUUUUUAUUUUUAGGGGGGAAGGAUGUGAUAUCCCUUAUUUUUUCAUGUUUUUAAAUAUUUAUUUAGCUAAUUAUUCUUAUUGAUUCUACUUAUUAAAAAAAAAAAAAUCUUCUUAUUGGUUCUUUUAUUUUAAAUUGGUUAUUAUUAUUUUGGUUAUAGUAUUUUAUCGUUAUCACUGCCUAAGUUGUGUAAUUUAUAUUAAUGUGCUUUUUCUUGUUAUUAAUUUUUGUCUAUUAUUUAAUUGCCCUUUAUUUCAAAUUAUUUUAUUUGUGGAUUUUACUAUUUUAUUUUAUUAUUACUAAGUUGCUAUAUUUUUUUAGUUAAACAAGUGUUUUGAUCCUCACUGUUAGAUUAGAUUGAAAAUCCUAGGAUGAAGGGCCUAAAUUAAUUACCCAAGUCCCUAUCUUUUUUAUUCCCAUUUUCCUUUUUCCCUCUCUCUUCCCUCCCCCUGCAGCCCAAUGGAACCCCUCCUCCUUCUCACCCGAUUCUCUCCUUUAGCUAAGCCCAGCUCCACCCCCGGCCACCGCUAGUCACUGACCACAUCACCACCACCACCACCUCACGUCGGCGAGCCUCCACCGUCGAACUCAGCCUCCAUCUCGUAGCCACCUUCUCCCAACGCACGCGCACAUGCAAGAACCCACGGAUUCCCCUCUCCAAAGUUCCUAAUGCCACCGUGGCGCAACCCUACACCACCAACAGCUCCUCCCUUCAUCAGCAACCCUUCCCUCCGACGAACCCAGCCCUUAUGGCAGCCACUUCUCCUCCAUCACGCACCCAACCAGAAAUGGAUCUCCCUCCCUCAAAAGGCUAGAUCUACCACUGUACAAUGCCACCCACGACUUCUAGCCGCCACCACCAACUCCACCGACCUCCAUUAGCUCCUUCAUGCUCAGUUCAAGCUUCCCUUUAGCCUCCCCCUCUAUUUUCAAGUUUUGAAGCCCACGGCUAGCCUUUGCCGUUGCUCCGCCACUUUUAGCGUCACCUGUGAUCUAGCACACCUUUGAUCUUCCAUAUUUUCCUUUCCACUGUUGUAAGUAAUCUCCCAAUGAACCUAUUUGAGAUUUAAACAAUAUUUUUACAUUAACAUUUUUCUGCAGUCUAGUGGGUUCGGCGGAUCGUUGUAAAAUUGAAACUGUGGUUGAGGUUGGUUUGGGCCUUGAACCAAAAACGGAGGAUGGGAUUAUGUGUGUAGUUGGCUUGUGGAUCUAUGUUUGUGAUUGUUUGCAAUUAUGUAUAUUGUUUGAUGUGUUAUGCCAUGUCAUUCAAUAUCCUAUCUGCAUGCAUCUGCAUAUUUACUUUAUUAAUAUUUGUUUGGCUUAUUUAAUUGUACUGUGUUAUGCCAUGUGUGAUAUGAAAACUGGGUUUUUGUGUCUUGGUAAUAUUUUGAGGGUGCGUGAGCAUCACGACCCUAAGUCAAGAUGGGAUAUUAUCUCGGUGGAGCUCCUCUGGUCACUUGAGAGUUUAAUAAACUGAGGGACAUCCCCUGGGUUGUCGUUGGGCAACAAUAGGAUCAAAUGAGAUGGUUAUGCUCUCGUGCCAAUUUCGUGGCCCCUCUAUUGGUGGGGGCUAGUGGAUGCUUGGUCACAAAUGUGCUGGGCGCAAAGUUGGGUUUUGUUUGUUACAAAGUUACAUGUGCGGUCGUUACCCUUGGUGUGAUUAAGGGAGCCAAAAUGUGCGGACGGUCUCUAAGGGAGACCAUGGCGCAUGCAUAAUAAAUGGAUAUGUUUUGGGCCAAAUGGGUUUUUGGCGUGUUGGUAAAUGUGUCAUUUUCAGGGAAAAUGAUAGAUUUGGUUCUUGCAUGCCUUAUUGUGUGGCUGUGGACAUGUUGGUUGUAUUAAUGUGUUUUAAUCUCUUGGAUGUUGCUUGGUUGCUUGCUUACUGAGAUUUCAUGAUCUCACUGUGGUAUUCCUAUCUGUAGACUUUGUUGCAAGGGAAGACUUUGGUAAAUGUGUCAUUUUCAGGGAAAAUGAUGGAUUUGGUUCUUGCAUGUCUUACUGUGUGGCUGUGGACAUGUUGGUUGUAUUAAUGUGUUUUAAUCUCUUGGAUGUUGCUUGGUUGCUUGCUUACUGAGAUUUCAUAAUCUCAUUGUGGUAUUCCUAUCUGUAGACUUUGUUGCGGAGGAAGAUUUUGAGCCUGAGGGAGUGACUCUGCCGGAAGAGUGACUUGUUGGUGUUGCUUGUUGAUUUUGGGAUUUGUUUCUCUUAUGCUAUCUAUUUUCCUUUUAUUUAUUUUGUCGGAUGACUGUAUAACCUUUUUGAGGAUUUUUAUUUCGUUGUACUAUUUUAAAAUUCUGAUACUUAGUUGGAUGCCCUUUAUUUUUCCACUGCGAUUAUUUUAAAUGCACACUUAAUUGCAUGUUGCACACACACUAAGCACUUGAAGAUUAGGAUGCGUGACCCAUGUGGUCCUCUUCCUAGUGUCACAAUUUUCACUUUUUCGCAUGUGGGGAUCAAGGGCGCCACAUGUGGGCUGAUUGGUUGUUUGACAUGUCGGGAGUAAGUUGGUUGGCUUGAAAGUGUGGUUGUUUCACUUGAUUUGAGUGUGAUGAUUAUUUAAGUGCAUUUGAGGAGGUUGGGCAAAAUAUUGGUGUAGUGAGUUGUGGAGGUUGAGCUUGUGUCAUGAUUAGAAACUGAGACAUUACGAUAGAAUUGUGUGUGCUGAAAUAUAGUUUGGAAUUAUGGGAUUUUGUUAGUUAGAUUGAAUUUACACUUGUGUAGAUUAUUAACACGUUAGUGAAUACUUUUCUAGUUAGGUUGUGAUAUUGCUAGAGUUUGAGUUCAAGGCUUAGGUAAUUCUCAGCAAGAGUCAGAUAAGCGGUACUCCUAUGCUCAAAUUUGCCUAAAUGGACCGAGUUUGAUUUUUAUAGAAAACUAUUCCUAUUUUGUUAUGGAACAUUGGAAACCACCUUGGUCAUUUUUCUGCAUAACUCACUAUAUCCGAAUAAGAAAAAGAAAAAUAGUUUUUGUUAUGAUUGGUGUAAACAUGAGCUUUUUUGGCCCUUUGUUUCUCAACUGUAUAACAAGAGCAAAUAUGAAAUAUGAAAGUUUUAUGAGGGAUGAUAAGAAUAUGAUCUAUAUAUGUUCAAUACUCUAUUAUGAUAUGAUAUUGCAUAUAGAAACCUUUGACAUGACAUUCUAUUUCUGUCUUUUGUUGUGACCUUACCACGGGUGUAAAACUGUGGCCUAUGUUAUUAUGUUGGUACCAACAUCUCUAUUUUUGGUGCACCCACUUUAGAAACAAAGUGAUUUUCUAUAUGGUAUUUCUUGUGUGCACACUCGGGGCUUCAAGAAUGAUAAGGGGAAGAUUUCACAUUCUGUUUCUGCUGGAUUGGAUGCUGGGGUUUGCAUAAUCCUACCACAGGAUAUAAACAUGAAAUAUGUUUGGAUAUGAUGAUUCUUAGUUAUGCUAUGCUAAAGGACUUUGCAUAUAAAUAUUUAUGAAUUGUCGCUCUGAUAUUUUGAUAACAUGUUUUGUUCUGCAUUCUGUUACUGGCUCAUGUUUACACACUAAUAUAUGUUCACUGUUUAUUGAGUUGUCGAUAACUCACCCAAUGACUUCCAAUAUUUCAGAUGAUCUUGAUGACUUUCAAUAUUUCAGAUGAUCUUGAUGUUUCGGCUGGUAAACAAGGUUAGAAUGCGUGGGUGAGACUAGUUUAGUGCAGUGGGAUAAUUACAGUAGGAGUUUGAAGAGUUUUAAUUUGAAAACUUUGUCAUUUUUCUUGGUUUGGUUUUGUUGAAAACAUGCUGAUUUUAUUAGACCUUGUGGAGUCUUUUUUAUUAUUAUUAUAUGUGUUGGAGGAUUUCGGUGAUGUUAUUUUUUUGUGGAAGUAUGUAUAAUUUUACUAAGGGAGUUUUACAAGUUGUGGAGUUGCUUUCAUUGUGAUCUUUGGAGUAUAUAUGUGUAUUGUUGGGAGAUGAUUUUCAGGUAACAAGAACUAACUCCUUGACCCUUUGGGUACGAGAUGUUAUAGUUGGUAUUAGAGCCAAGUUUUAGAUUCUGUAGACUUUAUGGAAUGUGUUUUUGGAAAUUUGAGGUUUUAGGUUUGUGACAUUUGAUGUUUUAGAUGCUACUGACUUAAGAAUGAUAUUGAUGGUAACUAUGAUGACAGAUUCUGAAGAGUAUGCAAGUUGACUCAAUGUCAAGUUUAAGACUACAAAUGGUAAGAAAGGAUUUGGAUAUGAUUUGAGGUUUUAGGUUCUGUGGCUUUUAGUACAUAGGUUUUGAUCAAAUUUUAAGGGUUGUACUUUUGCAAACUUUAUUGCAUGAUUUUAAUGAGACUUAAGGUUUUGGAUUGUGUUUUCAAGUUGGUGUAAGAUAUGGGUAGGAAAGGAUAAGAUAGAAUUUGAAUUAUUCUAUUUAUAUUUAUGUAUUUUGUAGUUGCAUUGGCGACUAUACUUUUACAUGAGUACUUUUAUUUGGAAUGCUUAACUAAAUCUAAGUUUUCAAGAUGCCACCUUCUUGUCAUGUACAAAACCUCUUGGAUUUGAACGCAUCUAAUGAUGAAGGAGAAGCCAAUACGAGCACUUUUGACGUACUCCGAGCAAUAGCGCAACAAUUAAUGGCAGAGAUUGCCCAGAAUCCCUCAGGUCGCAACUGCAACAAUAGUGAAGAGAGUUGUACCUUUGAACAGUUUAAUUUAAUGCACCCUCCCUCAUUUGAUGGAAGAAGCAACCUGGCCUUGGCAGAGGAUUAGACCUAGGACAUAGAUGAAAUUCUCCGAUUCUUGAAUUGCAUAGACAAUGGUGAAGCUGAACAAUGGUGGAUUUCAGAGAGAACCAUCAGGGAAGCUGAUGGGAGAGGAGUCAUUUCAUGGCCCCAUUUCAAACAGAUCUUCUUCGACCGCUUCUUCCCGAGAUUGGUCUCAGGUGCUAAAGCCAAGGAGUUUUUGCCAAUUUAGAUUAGGGGACUAUGACAGUGCACCAAUAUGCUAUCAGAUUUUUAGAGCUGUAGCGCUUCGCCUCUUAUUUGAUCCCCGAUGAAGAUAAGAAGGCCCGGAAAUUUGAGGAGGGUCUGAACCACAAAAUAUAUGAAUGAGUGGUGGCAUUUUAAAUUCAGAACUACUCAAAAUUAGUGGAUAAGGCUUAAAAGAACUACAGAACAUCAAGAUCAAAGGAAGAGAACUACACCACCGGGGUCCUUCUCUGGCACAAAUCAAGGGCCGUGGAAGAAGAGAAAUGAAGGGAGCAGCUCAAGUCAGAGGUCAAUGCAGGGCAAUCACCUGAACCAACCGAAUAAUCUUUGUAAGUUUUGCUAUCGAGCACACAUUGGAGAAUGCAGAAGAGAAGUGGGAUUGUGUUUCCAAUGCAGUAAAUCCUGUCAUUACAUUAGAGAAUGCCCAUUACUAUUGGACGAUAACAAGAAGCCCAACCCACCUCAGAGUUCCAGAUCACCGACACGAGACAACACUCAACGUAAUAGUGUGCCAGCUCAAGUGUUUGCAUUGACUCUUGGAGAAGCUGUGGACAACAUUGAUGUAAUCAUAGGCAUUCUCCCUCUUUUCUCCCAAGAAGCUAUUGUUUUGUUUGAUUGUGGGGCUACCCAUUCAUUUGUUUUAGUGGACCAUGCCAAGUUCUAUACCUUAGAGGCUGAAAAGUUGGGGCACAGUUUAGUAGUAUCAAUCCCAACGGGGAAUUCGGUGAUAUGUAACAAGAUUCUCCAUGGGUGUCCAAUAUCCAUUGAAGGAAGGUUAAUGCUAGCUAACCUAGUAGUGUUCCAGAUGUUUUGGUUCAAUAUCAUAUUGGGGAUGGACUGGCUAGCUUCCAACUACACCAGUAUUGACUACUCUAAAAAGGAGGUGGUAUUCAAGCCUCCUAAGGGAGAUUCAAUUGUAAGGUGUAUCUUAGAUUGGAGAAAACGUGUUCACAUCAUUGAGGGGAUUAUUCAAGGGCUUCUAUAUCUCCAAGAAUACUCAAAUUUUACUAUAAUUCACCGAGAUCUCAAAGGUAGCAACAUUUUACUAGACAAGGAUAUGAAUCCAAAGAUAUCAGAUUUCGGAAUAGCUAUACUUUUUGGAAAAGAUGAGCAUGAAGCGAACACAAAUAGGAUUGUUGGAACAUAGCAUAUGAGUUGUGGAGAGAAGGUGAAGGCAUGGAGUUUAUGGAUCCAUCACUUGAUGAUUCAUCUUCGCCAUGCAAACUUGUGAGAUGCUUGUAAGUAGCUUUGUUAUGUGUCCAAGAAAAUCCCGUGGACAGACCAACAAUGUUGGAAGUUUAUUCAAUGCUUAUAAAUGACAAUGGACUUAUUGCCACACCUCAAAAGCCAGCUUUCUCCAUUAAAACUGAUGAAAAUGUGGGGAGCAGUUCUACAUCACAGCAACGAAGUUGUUCAGCUCCUAGUUCACUAAUUUCCCAAAUAAUAUUAAGAUAACCAGGCUAGCUUUUUGUGGGAGACAUGGUUGACUAAAGAGAUUUUUAUUUUUAACUUUUGUUUGUAUUGUCAGUUGUUUGUAGGUUCAACCAAUUUGGCUAUUUUCCUUUCUUUGGAUUUCUUGUCGAAGUAUAUGAUACUUAGAGCAAAGUGUAAAGUUGUUAAUUUUUAUACUUUUUCUAGAACUUGAUUGUGAAGUUUUCUGAAA